AUGUCCCCACAUAGAAACGAGAGGCGAGGAGGAGCCAAAAGGAUGAAGCUAACGGCUUCAACAAGCCACACGAUCCUCUUCGUCAUCUAUGCAUUCUUUCGUCUCAUUGGUCGCUCUUAUUCAAAACCCAAUACCCAUUUUGUCGUGUCUGUGUUGUUGGAGAACGAAUAAGCUCCCCACUGCUCGUUGCUUCUGUAGACAAAAAAAUGUCCUGACUUUUUUCAAGUUUUGUGCUUUUUAUAGUGUGGCACUGGUGCUGUAGUUUUGACGAAACCCACCUGGAAGAAUCUAUCCCAUUGCAGUGGGUGAGACUUUGGUGAUCCGAUUUUCGCCUUCACAUGAAGAUGUUGUCUGUUUGCGCUACCACGCCAACCUGUUCUCACUCUCAGACUACAUCCCAUGGAGUUUUACGAUCCCUUUUCCAGUUCAGAAAGGAUACUGAUUCCAGGUCUAUCUUGGAAGAUAGAGUUGUUUUUGGCUUGUCUGGUGAAUCUCAUCUCCAAAAGAUAUCAUACAAAACACAAGCUGCAAAGUCAUUGUACUCUGAUUUUAUUGAAGGCAUGGAAGGAUCAUUAUCCAUGGAUUUCAUUGACAAUAGUUCAUGCAGAAAUCAGCCAGACAACAUCAAAUGCAGUUUAAUUGAUCCAUGGGGUUCCACAUCUGAAGUUAUUAAUGAGCUACACCCUUUAAGAAGUGGGGAACUGAUAUAUGCAGAAAAUCCUGGCAUAUCUUCCACGGAAGAAGGGCUCAUGGACUUUGCAGACCAAUCAAAGGCGCUUGAUUUAAUAGGACCCAUGGAACCUGAAACCCUGACUACUGUUGCUAUACCUCCACAGAAUGCCGUGUCAAUGUCUAACAGUCAGGAUGUGGGUAAUGACCAACUAUCCACUGUGAAGACUAAAGUUGAUGAUUUUUUUGCUGGAGCUAACGAGUAUAUCAACUCUUCGCUAAAUAAGGGAGAAAAUACCGUAAAAAAUUCUAGGGACUCUAUCACUUCAUUGCUAUCAUCCACCACUAAAAGUACUUCUGAUGCAGUAGACAGUGCUUUAAGUAGAGUGUUUUCUACUGUCGACCAAACGGGAGAAUAUGCUGGCAGUAAGUUGACAAGCUUUUCUAGUGGUUUGAAGGAAGCAUCAAGUAAAGCAAGUGUACUUGCUCUUGAUUCAUUAAGGCGUACAAUUAUUGUGGGAGAGAAUUUGAUUUCAAAAGGGGUUUCUUUGAUUGUUGAUUCUUAUGGGUCUGUCAAGGAGCUUCUUCCUCCAGAGAUCAGGGGUGUACUUAACUUAUCUGAAGAGAAAGCAGUAACAGUUUUGAGGCCAGUUGGGACAACUUUUCAACAGGUGUACUUUGCCAUUGAGGGGCUAGAGAAAGAUCUUGGCUUUGACCCAAGUGAUCCAAUAGUUCCAUUUGUCCUUUUUAUUGGCACUUCAGCUACUUUGUGGAUUUUUUAUUGGGUACGGACAUACGGUGGCUACGCGGGAGAUUUAUCUCCCGAAUUAACUUUGGAGCUCUUGACAGGGAAGGAGAGUGCUGUACUCAUUGAUGUCCGGCCUGAGGUUCUGCGAGAAAGAGAUGGCAUUCCUGAUCUAAGACGAGCUGCUCGAUUUCGCUAUGCAAGUGUAACUCUACCAGAGGUUGAUGGCAAAGUAAUGAAGUUGUUGAGGAGUGGUAGAGAACUUGAUGACAUGUUAAUUGCUGCUGUUAUUAGGAACUUGAGAUCUGUUCAGGACAGGUCCAAGGUUAUAGUUAUGGAUGCUGAUGGUGGUCGUUCCAAAGGCAUUGCAAGAUCCUUGCGAAAACUUGGGGUUAAGAGACCAUAUCAAGUACAAGGGGGCUUUCAGUCAUGGGUGAAACAAGGCCUCCGAUUCAAGGAACUGAAACCUGAGACAACAUUUACUAUACUCAACGAGGAAGCUGAGGCAAUCCUAGAAGAUAUAAGGCCUUCUCCGGUGCAGGUUCUUGGGUGUGGUCUGGGUCUGGUUGCAGCAUUGUUUGCUCUACAAGAGUGGGAGAAGACAUUACAACUCAUUGGAAUCUUUGGCCUUGGGCAGACUAUUUAUAAGCGCGUUGCUUCAUAUGAGGAUGUGAAAGAUUUUCAACGAGAUGUGAGGCUGUUGCUUGCUCCUGCUAGACUUGGAGCACAGGCAUUUUCAUGGGCUGCUGGAAGACUAGAAACAAAUCGCAUCGGAUUGCCAACAUCACCAUCAUCCUUAGAUGUUCAAAACCGGGUGUUGCAAGCCGCUGCAAAGCAUGAAUCCCAACCAUCUGAUCCUGAAGGAAUCCAAAAUCCUCCUCUCGAGUCUCUGGCUCCGAAUGAGAAUGCGGAUCUCUCAGAAGCAUAAAUAUUCAAAAUCUUCUUAUAAUGGAAGGUACUAUGGACUUCAUCAGCUCAUACCUUCCGAACCCAGCUGAGUUGUGCCUUGGAUGAAUGAUGCUUUGAACACUUAUUAUACAUAGAUAACAAGUAACACUGUACGAAUUACGAAGAAUCUUGACACCUUUUUUAUGUGCCAUUGUAUCAAUGGAGAAUCUUGUUCAGUUUGUUAUAUUAAUGAUUAGAAUUUCUUAGAACAGAGAGAUGCGUUGGAGCUA